UCGCCUGUUGCAAUUUUUCAAGCCAAAGGCGCUUAGGAAGCGCAUGCGCACUCAGGAAAGGAAAAGGUCGGUUGGAGAAAGGGGUGAAUGUGCGUGACAGAAAGCGAGCCACGCUGCGAGUCUCGAGUGUGCGGGGGCUUGAAAGAUGGUAAAGGACAAUCGGGCGUUUAAAAUUAGUAUCAUUGCCCUAAAAUAAAGAAGCUGAACAAAUAUCAACUGGGUGAUUUUGCUGUCCAACUAAGAAGCGUUGGAUCCAUCUCGUUUGGAUGGGAGACCUGUGAGUAAUCCCAGGGUGUCUAAACUGGGAAAAAAAGCACCUAUACUGUCAAUAAGGCAGGACGCAUCCAUGCUAUCACCAGAAGCCGAGAAAGACUUUAUUGGUGCUCUUCCUCCUCGGCUGCCUGCUAGAUUAGUCUCUGCUUUUCCUCAUAGGCAUAACCUGCAGAGUACCAAGGCUUCGCGGGCAAGGUGGAAAUUCGGUGGCGGGAAAAUCCACGGGCAGGACGGUCUGAUUCGUCUCCACGGCUGCUCCGAGAAGACGUCUCGAGGCGCAGCGCCGUCUGUGCCGGAGCGUGACGGCUCCCACCUCUUUUCCCUAAAGUUUCUUUCCUCUCCCCGCCCCAGAAAAUAAGGGCUGGGAGAAAAGGAGGGGGGUCACGUGGCCCGACGAAAAGGGAGGGGGCUACGCGAGGGGGGGCGCCUCUCGCGCGCUCCCUCGCUCUCUUUUUCUUGGCGCGGCGUCUUCCGUGAUACUUUCAGUCUCUUCAGUCUCCGGCGACGCUGGAGGGAGCUCAAACGGGAAAAGAAGGAGCCCGGGCCAGGUUGGCGAUGCGGGCUCGGGCGUCGCUUGCUGCCCUCGGAGCUCCUCUCCGCAGCGGCUGCAGCAGCGCCACUCCGUCCGAGCCGAGGUGCGCCGCUCCCCAACCUUCGCCCGGCUCGGGCUGUUGCUGAGACCGCGUGUCUUCCUCGCCCGGAGCCCGCCCGCCCGCUCGCUGCCGCCACCACCACCUCCAUCUCCGACGGCUUCAGGAGGAUGUGGCUCCUCGCCGUGACGACAACUUUCUGGGGAUUGUUGCUGGCGCCAGGAUUUGCUUUGCAAAUACAGUGUUAUCAGUGUGAAGAAUUUCAGCUAAAUAAUGACUGCUCGGCUCCAGAGUUCAUUGUGAAUUGUACUGUGAACGUCCAAGACAUGUGUCAGAAAGAAGUAAUGGAAAAAAGUUCAGGGAUCCUGUAUCGCAAGUCCUGUGCCUCCUCUGCAGCUUGUCUCAUGACCUCUGCCGGAUACCAGACUUUCUGUACUCCAGGGAAGAUAAACUCUGUUUGUAUAAGCUGCUGCAACACUCCACUUUGUAAUGGGCCCAGGCCAAAGAAGCGAGGAAACGCUGGCACCGUGCCUAGGGCAGGAGUAUUAACAACCAUGCUGCUGUCCAGCUUGCCGUUUCUAUCACCCGCACAUUGCUAAACUCUAAGGGAAGAUUCCCUUUGUUGCC